AUGGUCAUUUUCCAUUUCUCCAUCUUGUGGCUUAUCUGCCAUGUGGAGGAGGCCAGUGGUUGCAGCGGAAGAAAGACGAGUCCGCAGUGGACGGGAAGCGCCGUCACGCCCCAGUAUUACAAGGACAAGCUAGAGGGCUGCGUGUGCGCGGGUGUGAAGGAGGACCUGGGCGUGUGUCUGUUGCAGUCCAACUGUGUGGUCCAGGAAGGAAAAUCCCCUCUGCAGUGUUUGAAGGAAGGAUACUGCAAAGCUUUGAAAUACUCAUUUUUUGAGUAUAAAAGAUCAGUGUUGGAUACUAGGUCAAGAAUCAGAGGAAGAAAGGGAUAUUGA